GUGAUGGAGGAGUUCGACGCCAAGCUCCGCGCCGCCGCCGCCAAGGUCCAGCUCCACGGAACCUCGCCGCCGAAUGCGUCGAAGUCGGCGAACUCCACGCCCGAGAACGAGGAGCCGGAGCAGGAGUACGAGACUCCAAACCCGGAGCCUUACAUCGAGAGGAAGACCUUCGACAUCUCCCGGGCAGAGCUCGCAGAUUCGGAACUGAGCCUGCAGACCAUUGGCUCCAUCGCCCGGCGGGUGUCUGCCUCCCUGGGGGGAGACGCCAGGUCAGGAGCAUCCAGCAGCAAAGGAGAUGACAAAAUCCGGGCACCGCGGCAGAGCCGCGACCGGGAAGUCUUUGAGAGCCUGGAGCAGGAGAUGGAGCACCUCGCGGACAUGCGCCGCUAUGCAUCCCAAGUGCUCGGCGUUCGCGAAGGCAGCGCCAGGCCUGUGCAGAAUGAGGAGGACCGGCGCAGAAGUGCCCCAGCACCAUCUCCCACGUUUGGCGCUCGCGCGACUUCAGCCACUCCGGUCACGAAUGCGCCGGGCUCCGCGAGAAGCUCUGAGCGCUGGAAGCGCCGGCCCUCGACCCGGGAGGAGCCGCCGUGCCCAUGGGAGGAGCCAAACAGCGAGGAGCAUCACACCAAGGCCCAAGAGGCAUGGCACCAGGUGGACAGUGAAGGCCGCCUGAUCUUCUGAAGGAGUCACCCGCAGAGCCGCCAUCUGCUGAAAGCACUGGUGGCCCUGCGUGUGGGUCUCACAAGUCCAUAGGUCCAUAGGUCCAUAGCCCUGCAAAAAUGCUGGCAUCCGGC